AGGAAUUUUUCUUUAUUUCCCCAAAUUAGGGCUCCAAUCUUCUUCAAUUUGUGGUUGACUGAAGAGAAGAAGAGAAAGAAGAGAAAAACGUAACCUUUAUUACACCAUUUGAGUUUCCGAAGUCUCGAUCUCCUUCUCCGGUAUAUUUUCUAGAGCUCAAAGGAACAGUAUUCCAUGGCGUCUCGGCGGCGAAUGCUUCUCAAAGUCAUCAUCCUCGGUGACAGUGGGGUUGGGAAGACGUCUCUGAUGAAUCAAUAUGUGAAUAAGAAGUUUAGCAAUCAGUAUAAAGCGACGAUUGGAGCUGAUUUCUUGACGAAAGAGGUCCAAUUUGAGGAUAGACUGUUCACUUUGCAGAUAUGGGAUACAGCAGGACAAGAAAGGUUCCAGAGUCUUGGUGUGGCUUUCUAUCGUGGCGCAGAUUGCUGUGUUCUUGUGUAUGAUGUUAAUGUUAUGAAGUCAUUUGAUAACCUGAAUAAUUGGCGGGAAGAAUUUCUGAUUCAGGCUAGCCCCUCUGAUCCUGAAAACUUUCCAUUUGUUGUGCUGGGAAACAAGAUAGAUGUUGAUGGUGGAAACAGCAGAGUGGUCUCUGAAAAGAAAGCAAGAGCCUGGUGUGCUUCAAAGGGUAACAUUCCAUACUUUGAGACAUCUGCUAAAGAAGGAUUCAAUGUUGAAGCUGCUUUUCAGUGUAUCGCCAAGAAUGCCCUCAAGAAUGAACCAGAGGAAGAGAUAUAUCUGCCGGACACUGUCGAUGUAGCUGGCGGACGACAACAAAGACCAUCAUCAGGUUGUGAAUGCUAGGUGGACUGGCUACCGCGAUUUGUGUCCCUCGUAUAAGAGGAGAGGAAACGAUAGGUGCACUCUGUAUUUUAUUACCAUGUCACAACAAGAAGAAUGGCCAUAAGAAGGAUAAUGGCCAUUUUCUUUCUUUUAGCUACAUUUUAUCUUUGUAUGGAAGACUCGAUUUGUUUGGGGAUGAACAUGUGAGAUAUUUGUCCCCUGCGGUUGUAUCUGCAAUAUAUUAUAUUGAUGCAACAAAUAUGGUCUUGGAAAGGUUUAUAACUUUUA